AUGGGAGACUACAAGCCAGAUGCAGUUAUUUCCCCGGUACCGGCAACGAUCGGAGAUCCGACGCAGAAGGAUACUCCUCAAAACCACAGUUCCGUUCUUUAUCAUCAGCUUCGUCAGAAGCCACUCAACAUAGUUGGAGGCCGGGGAAGUUACCUUGUAACCGAUUCAGGUCAAGAAAUCCUCGAUGCGACCUGCGGUGCCGCUGUUGCCUGUCUGGGCUACGGUGACAGCCGUGUGCAUGAAGCUAUUAUGGAGCAGUUGCAGAAAGUGCCUUACUGUUACUCUCUCUACUUCACUAAUAGCGCGGCCGAAGAGCUUUCCCAAAUUCUGGUGGACUCAACAGGAGGAAAGUUGUCUCGUGCCUUCAUUGUGAGCUCAGGAACCGAGGCAGUGGAGGCUUCUCUCAAGAUGGCAGUGCAAUAUUACAUGGAGCUCCCUGUUCCACAGCCACAGCGAUGUAAUUUCAUUGCACGCAAGCAGUCAUACCACGGCAAUACCCUUGGGUCGCUCUCUGUGGGUCACCAUGUGGGACGCAGGGCGCUCUAUGAGAAGGUCUUGGCGAAGAAUGUCCACCACGUGUCGCAGUGUUAUCCUUACCGCGAAAUGAAAGAUGGGGAAACGGUUGAAGCCUACGUUGCCAGACUUGCUCAAGAAUUAGAGGAUAAGUUUCAGCAGCUGGGUCCAGAUACUGUGUGUGCAUUCGUAGCAGAGACAAUGACUGGCACUACAUUGGGAUGUGUACCUCCUCUUCCAGGGUACUUGAAAGCCAUGAAAGAAGUCUGCGAGAGACACGGCGCCUUAUUGAUAUUAGAUGAGGUGAUGUGUGGCAUCGGUCGAUCGGGCACCCUCCAUGCAUGGGAGCAAGAAGGUGUAGUUCCUGACCUGCAGACCAUGGCUAAAGGCCUUGGGGCUGGCUACGCUCCAAUUGCCGCCCUUCUCGUGAAUCAGCAUGUUGUAGACACUUUGACGCGAGGCACGGGGGCUUUCUCUCAUAGCCAGACCUAUCAGGGUCACCCUGUCUCAUGUGCUGCAGCCUGCAGGGUCCAAAAAAUUAUUCAAGAGGACAACUUGCUCGUCAAUGUUCGCGAAAUGGGCGAAUAUCUCGGUCAGCUUCUCCAUGAAACAUUUGAAGCCAAUCCUCACGUUGGGGACAUUCGUGGAAGAGGGCUGUUCUGGGCACUUGAGUUCGUACAAAAUAAGGAAACAAAAGAGCCUUACCCUCCAUCUGAGGCUAUCGCUUGGACAGUUCACAAAACUGGUCUCAAGCCAGAAUAUUCCAUCUCGUUGAUGCCCGGAAAUGGUGGUAUAGAUGGUAUCAGUGGCGAUCAUAUUUGCCUUGCACCCCCGUAUAACAGCACCAGGGCCGAGAUCGAGAUGAUCGUUGACCGCGCCUCUCGGGUUAUUCAGGAAGUGCUGGGAUGA